AUGAAGAGGCAUCUCAUUCACAACGACUUCGUCUUAGUCUUUCUCGCCUUUAUCUUCGCCGUGGAUUUGGGGAAGGGACAAAAUACGACAACACAAGUUAUUAAUGUUGGUGUUGUGACUGAUGUCGGGACGACUGCCUCCAACUUGAGCUUACUCGCCAUUAACAUGUCCCUCUCAGACUUUGACUCUGCUCGUCCAGGCUUCUUCUUAACUUUGGCGACUCCAGGGACGAUGUUAUUGGCGCUGCAGCCGCUGAAGUUAGAGAGAGAAACGUAA